AAGAAGAAGAGAGGAGAAGAGGCGCAUACAUCAAACAUCCAUGAAGCAUGAAGCAUGAAGCAUGAUGAAGGGGCGUUGAGUGUUACACUGAACACAGAAACGGCGGGGUUUAUAAUCUAGCACUGUAAUAGAUGUGAACAUGUAACGACGGCCAGCUGCUCGUGAUGUUGAAGGAGACGCAGUGAAGCCCACAGAGACGAUGUCGGUCAACGGUAAAGUCAUCCCGCAGACCCCGCUGGCGGUGGACUUCUGGUAUGUCCGGAAGUGUCCAGGUACACGGCUGUUUUUCCUGUCCCACAUGCACAGCGACCACACCAUGGGUCUGACCUCCACCUGGAGCAACCGGCCUAUCUACUGCUCACCGACCACUGCUGCUCUGCUCAAACUCAGACUGCAGGUGAAAGAACAGUGGAUCCAUCCGUUAGAGCUGGAUGAGCCAUACCUGUUGCCACUGGAUGACAUCGGCAAGGAGAAGCUGACAGUCACACUGAUCGACGCCAACCACUGUCCAGGGUCUGUCAUGUUUCUCUUCGAAGGCUACUUUGGCUCUAUACUGUACACAGGUGACUUCAGAUAUACUCCCUCCAUGUUGCGUGAGCCGUGCUUGAGGACCAACACCACUAUAGACGUCCUGUACCUGGACAACACCAACUGUGACCCCAACCGCACCCUCCCCUCCAGACAGCAAGCCACUCAACAAAUCAAAGAGAUCAUCCGCAGACACCCCAACCACAACGUUGUCAUAGGCUUGUACACGCUGGGUAAGGAGUCCCUGCUACUGGAGCUGGCGAUGGAGUUUAAAACCUGGAUCGAGGUGAGCUGUGAGAGGAUGGAGACCCUCAAAGCCCUGGAGCUGCCUGACGUCUUCACCACCGAACCAGGAGCCGGGCGUAUCCGAGCCGUGGAUCAGUCGGAGAUCUGCUCUGCCACUUUACACCAGUGGAACAAAGAACAACCCACUCUGGCCAUCUUGCCCACCAGCAGGCCCCUGGUCUCCUUUCACCCCAACGUCCACGUGGUGCCCUACUCCGAUCACUCCUCUUACCAAGAGCUGGAGGAUUUCGUCUCUGCACUUAAACCGACCUCCCUCAUACCCAUUGUAGGAAACCAUGUACCUGGAGGCUUCUCCGCCUUACUGCCCAGCAAAAAGCGCCAUGAAAUCCUGGUGCCUGAGUCGGUCCGACACUACAUGCAGAGACAGCUUGAGAGCCAACUCAGCUCAUCAGCAUACACCAGCAUUCGCCGCAGACAUUUCCAACCUCUUGCUCCCAAAGGGGUGGUGUUUGAGUCUCCUGAAAAGGAGUCCAGUAAGUCAUGUGAAGAAGCCUGGGAGGCAGAGUGCCUGGAGCAGGAUGCCUCUGAGGAAGAGAUGGACACAGACGGUAGCGAAAGGGACUCUGACUGCAUCCUUGUUGACCUGAGCAAGGGCCUCACCCCUGACAAAAACAGAAGAGGGGCUGGAGACAUAUGGAGCCUCAACAUCGUCCAGACGGUGUCUGAAGAUAUGGCGAUGGCAGAGUCGGUGCCACUUAAUCAAUUCAGCCAGAGCGACUUUGCUCCAAUGGAGAUCCUGACAAACACAAAGGCCUGCUUGAAGUCCGUCAGCAAGACAAGAGGGCCUUUUGAAACCAGUGCCAAAAUAAUCAACGAGACAAAUGAAAAUUACAGCAGCCAGCGUAGCAGCCGUGGAAGUGUUCAGAACAACCACACAUUAUCAUUUAAUGAUAGCACGAGUCAGCACAGUGGAUGUGGAAUUGAUCAGGACAGUGACAUAAUGUCAAAUGACCGAAUGAACAACAGCGUGACAAGAUUGCAGAGUGGCCUCUAUAACGAUUCCUGCUCUUCAUCUAGCUCCCACACUGUGCUGACGCAGGAGUAUUUAGAGGAGCUUGAAAACAGUAUUUUAAAGGAUCUCCCCUUUACAGUGGAGGACAUGAAGGUGCGUGGCGUCUUGCAGCAGAGCUUUGUGCUACAGUUUGCUCUCUCUCCUUUAUGUGAUGUCCAAGAGGAUGACCUUUCAGACUAAUAAUGUGACCUGGACGGCUGUCGCAAUAACCACAAUAUCGCAAUACCGUGCUAUUUACAAGGGUAUUGCAAGCAACCGCCACAACCGCUAUGUUCACGUCUUUUCUUUUUUGAAUUCUUUACAAUGUGAGCGCUGCAUAUUUACACUACUACUGUUGUACUUCAUAAUGGAGGAGGGGAGAGACAAAUACCACGCAGAGCAAGUACUCUAACUUGUGCCGAUAUUUUUACUUCUACGGAUAUUCCGUAUCCGAGGCAACCAGACGCAACCAAAGCGUCUCAGCUGAAAAAAAACACUGCGCUUCAUUGCCCUUCAGUGUUCUGCAUUUAACAAUAAACAACAAUAAUAAUAAUAAACUAUUAAAUUAGAUUUAAAACUAAAUCAAGUAAUUUGUAAAAAAUAAAUAACAAUAAUACUGUAUUGCAUAUCGCGCUGUUAAGCCAAUCAUAACCACAGGGGAAAUUCCUUCACCGUGACAGCCCUGGUGAACUGACAUUUGAGUUUAGCCUUGCUUUAGAGGCCUCUUUGUGUUUUGCAUGUGUGUGUGUAAAGAAGAGCACUUUAAAGCCAAUGUACUAUUUUCUCAUAGGUAACUUCCUUAUUUAAAUAACUUUCCUUGUGGUGCCUCCGUUUUGUGUGGGUCGCCUGAAGUUUAGAAAAGCAGAUCAAGAGGUCACGUGUUUGUUUGUCUUUGGACCGGACCUGUGAAGUGACUGACUAACCUUUCAUCACGGUAGCCUUGGCUUCCUGGAUGUAGACGCCAGGGCAGAUUUCUGUGGUUAAAAAAAAUCUAAUUUCUCAUUAUUUCUUUUGUUGUCAUUUAUGUUUGAAAAGUCACAUUUUCACAAGAUAGACAAGAAAGCCUAUUACUUUUUUUGCCUUGAGAACCAACUUUCUCGAAACAGCGGUCGCUUUUAUGUUCUUCAUUUUGAAAAUAAGAGUGAUACGUUAGAUCUGCCUUUCUCACUUUAAUUUCUAUAUUUCCUCUGCGUGUGAGUAAUGGCCUUUUUAUUUUUAAAGGUUACAUUUGAAAUUUUCAAGACUUUACUCAGAAUCACGGUGUUAAAGAUUAAUGGUGAUUUUGGUAUCAUCAGUAUUUUGGUUACACUUUUGAGUCUAGAGGAACUUUAUAAUGAAAAAACAAACGUUCUGUGAUUGUCUUUGUUUGUAACAGUAUGCCUAUCUGAGGUUUGAGAAGAUAUUGUUCAAAAUAAAGUAUGUUUUCCUAUAUAUCCUUAAGCAGCUGCUCUUUUCUUUGUUAGUCCACCACUGCAGAUAAAUUAGACACAUUUCUUUCGUAACAUGUUUGUUAAGUAAGUAUAUAUAAGUAUAAUUGUCUUAAAUUACCUGCGUGUGUAUUGAUUAUAUUCCUACAGCAGCUUAAUGUGCAUUUCAUAGUACUUUUUGUCCCCCAUGACCACGUUUGCCAACUCCAAAAAGUAGCUGCUAUUAUCCUCUUUACAUGUUUUGAUUAGAGGUGACAUAAACCAGCUGUGUGCAGUUCCGCUGUGGGAAUUCAACAGCUCGUUCUGCCAGUGUUAAUCCCAAAUCUAACCUGUUGGACUACAGUGCUUUUUAACUCUAAUAGACCUGUGAACAUUGUGAAGCAACACUUUGCCUUGUUACUUUUGACUGUAUUUUUUUUCAAAUAACUAAAACAAAGACACAUAUAUUAAAAUACAAUGUACAUAUUACCUUUUCUGUAAAUGUAUUUUGCGUAUUAAUAGGAAACCUAUGCUUAAUGUGAUAAAUUACUGCACACCGUAUUUACAUUUAUCUCAUAUUUAUGAGCAGAGCAGCGUUGUUUGUUUGAAGGAGGAAAAUGUUCCUCUUCAGAAAGAUUAAUUUCUUGUGAAGUAAAGGAAAAGUGAAACUGUAAUAUUUGUGUUCAGUACAGGCUCCUUAUGUGUGGAUUGUUUCCUCAAUAAAUUACCCUUUUAUUUGCAAAUGAA